AUGACCCGGUACGGGGGCCUGGGGAGGACGCGCCCCAAAAAGCUCACCUCCAAGGCGUCCAUCCCCAUUGUCCACGAGCACGAGAUCGAUGCAAUCGACGAGGAGAUCCAGAGCUCUCUACAACAGAUCGAAACCGGCGUCGAAAAGGCCGAGGAGUCGGAAUUCCACUUGCAAGUCGCGAUCAAUGCCACCGCCCGGGGCAAGGUCAACGAGGCGCAUAUCCCCACCCCCGAGACCAUCCUCAGUAACCUGCAAUAUGACACACUCUACCCGCCUUUCUUCUCGCAACCUGCGACGUACAUCCGCUUCUCCUCCACGGUGGAGGAUUGUUGCGGAUGUCCGUACAACAUGACCGAGGAGGACGAUGUCUUCCUCAACAUCAUGAACCAGGACCGCGACCAAGCAAGCCGGUGCUCCGAGGAUGACUUCGAGGCGACCAUGAACUUUUUUGAGGAGACCGCGCAAUUGAAGCAGCCGUUCGCGACAGUCGACAGCCCGCCGGUGCUGGCAUUUUCCGAAAUGCAAGAUGCGAUGGAUGCCGCCGUAGAGGAAAGCGUGAAGCGCUUUGCGCAGGACAUCUUUGAGCACUGGAAGUCGCGCCGGGCCACCACGGGGAACCAUCCCCUGCACUCGAGCCUCAAGUUCGAAACCGGCCAGGACACCGAUGAUAGCGACCCCUUUGUCUGUUUCCGUAGGCGCGAGGUUCGCCAGAUCCGUAAGACUCGUGGGAGAGAUGCGCAGAGUGCAGAAAAACUCCGACGCCUUCGCAAAGAGUUGGAAGAUGCGCGACAACUUGUUGCAUUGGUGCGCCAGCGCGAGGUCGCUCGGAAGGAGAUGCUUGUGAUGGAGCGCCAGCUCUUCGUCAAGCGCGCAGAUGUCAAGGAAAUGAAGCGCAAGCUCGGCGUCAAGGACGACGACGAGGAUCUCAUCAAUCAAAAGGUAAGCGAUGCCCAAAAAAAGCAGAUGGAGAUGCCGUCCCAACGUCCCAACGCUCCGCAGCUUCGCAUGCCUCUCAAGGCUGGCGUGCAAGGUGCAGAGGAUUUGCAGCUGCUGGAAGAAGUCCAGGCCGAGAAGGAGAACGAUAUCUUGCGCGAUAUCAAACAGAACAUCACCAAGCAUAUCAAGUGGAACGAGGGUUAUGUGGAUCACACCCGAGCACCACUGUCUCCGUCUCCAGAACGGACAUUCGAUGCUGCAGCCUUCCGACCCGCAUUCACUGCGCAACUACCUACGCCACCAUCAUCAGAAUCCUCCGGUGACAUGGACACUGCGUUGGAUGUUGCUAGCCCACUCUUUUCUCGGGACAAGCUCGCGUCGCGCGCCAUGGAGUUGCACGAGAAACCCAAUCACAUGCCCUCCUUCCGAAGACGAAUCGGCCGAGGUGGGCGACUGAUGAUCGAUCGUCGAAAUCUGGCAUCGCAUUCCAAGGUCGAGAUGGAUCCCCUCAAGGCUGAUCGGUUCAAGUACGACCAAGAAGAUUCCGACGACGAGUCCGUUUAUGACACCGACCAGUACAGCAUCCAGAUCAUGCAGCACCGGGCCAUCACCAUGGCCAAGGCACGCGAACAAGCUGCAGUGGCUGCCCAGGCCCAUGCGCAGGCGCAGGCGCAGGCAGUCCAAGCUCAGGCUCGACGAUUGCAGACGGAUCAGCCCGGUAAUUCUCAGGGCCAGCCCGUGGGCUCGAAUUCUGGACCAGGUGCCGAGACCUGA